UUCAAUUUCAAAGGUUCGUUUUUCAUCCCAGUAAACCCCAAAAAGCACCGUAUCGGAGAUUCAUCUGCAUUCUCCAAAAUCCAAAUCAAUACCUCUUGCCGAUUCCGAUGAGGGAUCGUUCCGACCAAUUCCAGUAAACGUCGGCGACAUAAUGAUGAAGACGAUUUCACACAGAUUGAAAACCUCCAUUUUCAAUCUCUCUAUCAUCGUCCUCAUUCUAUCAAUUUCCCUUUUUCGCUUCAGCAAACCCCCUCAGAACCAAACCCUAACCCCCGAAAUAUCACCAAAAUCACAAGAACAAGAAGGGACACUAGCUCGGAGAAACUACAUAGUAAGAUUUAUCGAGUACAAGAAAGCGGAACAUCACAAGGAGUAUCUCGAGCACAGCACGAAGGAGAAAUUAAAUGGCUCUUCGUCUUGGGAAUGGAUUAACAGAAAUAAUCCUGCUUCUAAAUUCCCUACUGAUUUCGGAGUCGUGGCGAUCGACGAUGAAGCGGCAAGUUCGAUCAUCGGGGAGUUUGAGAGGCUGAAAAUGGUGAAAGAUGUUACGGUUGAUUCAAGCUAUCAGUUAAGGAACUUGCUUGGUGGAGAUAAGAACGAAAAGCACGAGAAAGUCGGAGCGUUUUCGGAUGGUAGAAAGAGGCCUGGGAAGAUCUUCACUUCCAUGUCAUUUGGUGAUGGCGGUGAUAAUGUGGCUGCGGCGGCGACUAGUAACCAAACAAUCGAUUGGGCCAGGCAUCUUCUUUCACAGAGAUCUCAAGUUACAUCCCUGUUUGGAGCAGAUGCACUUUGGUCAAAAGGGUACACCGGAGCAAAAGUUAAGAUGGCUAUAUUUGAUACCGGAAUUCGUUCAGAUCAUCCCCAUUUCCGCAAUAUCAAGGAACGCACUAAUUGGACCAAUGAAGAUACCUUAAAUGACAAUCUUGGACAUGGCACAUUUGUUGCUGGAGUGAUUGCUGGUGAAGAUGCAGAAUGCCUUGGCUUUGCACCAGACACAGAGAUUUAUGCUUUCCGUGUGUUUACAGACGCACAGGUGUCAUACACGUCAUGGUUUUUAGAUGCAUUUAAUUAUGCAAUCGCGAGCAAUAUGGAUGUUCUAAACUUGAGCAUUGGUGGCCCUGAUUACUUGGAUCUUCCAUUUGUAGAGAAGGUCCUGGAAUUGACAGCAAGUAACAUCAUAAUGGUGUCAGCAAUUGGAAACGAUGGCCCACUUUAUGGCACACUAAACAAUCCUGCAGAUCAAAGUGAUGUGAUUGGUGUUGGUGGCAUAGAUUACAACGAUCACAUUGCUUCAUUUUCAUCACGUGGCAUGAGUACUUGGGAACUCCCUCAUGGAUAUGGGCGAGUAAAACCAGAUGUUGUUGCAUACGGGAGAGAAAUCAUGGGGUCUAAAAUUAGCACAGGGUGUAAACCCUUAUCAGGAACCAGUGUUGCAAGUCCUGUGGUGGCUGGUGUUGUGUGUCUCCUUGUCAGUGUAAUCCCUGAUUCCGACCGGAAACAGAUAUUGAACCCUGCAAGCAUGAAACAAGCCCUAGUUGAAGGUGCUGCAAAGCUCUCCGGUCCUAAUAUGUUUGAACAGGGUGCUGGACGUGUUGAUUUGUUAGAAUCAUAUGAAAUCUUGAAAAGCUACAAGCCACGAGCAAGUAUUUUCCCGAGUGUUCUUGAUUACACAGACUGCCCUUAUUCAUGGCCAUUUUGUCAGCAACCACUUUAUGCAGAUGCAAUGCCGGUUCUUUUCAACACCACAAUACUAAACGGAAUGGGAGUAAUUGGAUACGUGAAAAGUCAACCGGUUUGGAAUCCUGAUUCCGAAGAAGGAAAUCUCCUAAGUAUUCAUUUCACUUAUUCCGAUGUUAUUUGGCCAUGGACAGGGUAUCUAGCACUCCAUAUGCAAAUAAAAGAAGAAGGAUCUCAAUUCUCCGGCGAGAUCUCCGGCAAUGUGACUGUCAAAGUCUACAGCCCUCCGGCGACCGGAGAAAAGUCAUUCCGGUAUAGCACAUGUGUACUCCGGUUGAAACUAAAAGUGAUUCCUACUCCGGAAAGAUCAGUCCGGAUUUUAUGGGAUCAAUUCCAUAGUAUCAAAUACCCUCCCGGUUACAUUCCAAGGGAUUCCCUAGAUGUCCGGAAUGACAUUCUUGAUUGGCAUGGCGAUCAUUUACAUACUAAUUUCCAUAUAAUGUUUAACAUGUUACGAGACGCGGGAUUCUACAUUGAAACACUCGGGUCUCCUCUCACAUGCUUUGAUGCGCGAAAUUAUGGGACUCUCCUUUUAGUGGAUCUUGAAGAUGAGUAUUUCGAAGAAGAGAUACAAAAACUGAGGGACGAUGUGGUAAAUUCCGGGCUAAGUUUGGUUGUUUUUGCGGAUUGGUAUAACGUUGAUACGAUGGUGAAAAUGCGGUUUUUUGACGAUAAUACCCGGAGCUGGUGGACUCCGGUGACCGGAGGCGCGAAUAUUCCGGCGAUGAAUGAUCUUUUGGCGCCCUUCGGAAUCGCGUUUGGUGACCGGAUUUUAAAUGGGGAUUUCACUUUAAAUGAUGAGUUGAUUCGAUACGCUUCUGGGACAAAUAUCGUGAAAUUCCCGGGAAAUGGAUACGUUCAUAGCUUCUCGUUUUAUGAUAGUUCGGAGAGCGGGGCGACGCAUAGUUUUCUCGCCUCCGGAAUUGACAAUUCCGAUUCCGCUGUUCUUGGGUUGGUGGAAGUUGGCGGGAGUCGGAUUGCGGUGUACGGGGAUUCCAACUGUUUGGAUAGUAGUCAUAUGGUGACGAACUGUUAUUGGCUUUUAAGGAAAUUACUUGAUUUCACAGGAAAGAAUAUUAAAGAUCCCGUGCUUUUUUCAAAUUCAGUGAAGUUAAAAGCACCAUUGCAUCAGGAUGAGGAUCAGUUGCCUUCACGGAGAACGGAUUUGAAUUUCUCGUUGUAUUCCGGAGUUGUCGGAAAGGAAUUGACAUGCCGGAGUGAUUCGAGAUUUGAUGUGUGGGGAACGAAGGGGUAUGGGUUACAGGUGAGAGGACGGAAUCGGCGAUUACCGGGGUAUAAAGCGAUUGAUCUUGGGCGGGGGUUGAAUUCUUCUUCAGUGGAUAUUUCCAUGUUGAAGGGGGGACCCAAAGAUAAUUCUUCAGGGAAUAGAUUUCUUGGGUUGCUGUAUAGAGAUGAUCUUGAGACGCCGGUUGUGUUUCCGAGUCACUGGCUUGUACCUGCUGUUAUUGCUGUUUUAGGGAUUUUGGUGUUGAUAAAUUUCUGUAGAAUCAGACAAAAGAGGCGUCGAAGAAGGAAAGGAUCAGGAUCUUCGGCGUCUGGUCGUUACACCAAUUUGUAGGUGGGUGGGUGUAAUGUAAUAAUAUAAUAGUUAAAAGGUGAUAAAUAGUUGCAUAAAUAGUAAUAGUAAGAUUUUUAUAUAAAUGCAAACUAUAUGAAAAUGAAAUUUUGGGGUAA